AACUUGUACUUUUCAUACUUCUCAUAAUAUCUGAGUACUUGAAUACAAUAGAGGUUCAGGAAUGAAUGUUUGUGGCUAAUUGGAUUAUCUAACAUGAUCUGAUGAGCUGGAAACCCAAGGAUCUGACUUGGCAUGGCAGAUGAGCCGGACAAAAGGUGAUGAGGAGGAAUACUGGAACAGCUCCAAGUUCAAGGCGUUCACUUUCGAUGAUGAGGAUGAUGAGCUCUCACAGUUAAAGGAAUCCAAACGGGCAGUGAAUAGCCUUCGAGACUUCGUGGAUGACGACGAUGACGAUGACCUGGAGCGAGUCAGCUGGACUGGAGAACCUGUGGGAAGUAUCUCAUGGUCCAUCAAAGAGACUGCUGGGAGUAGCGGGUCAGCACCUGAGGGCCGGGAACAGCUAAAGGGCCGGAACAGCGUCUCCACACACCUCCCCAAGCCUCCUUCUGCUUACUCCCUCAGCAGCUUCUUCAGAGGUAGAACUAGACCUGGGAGUUUCCAGUCCCUUUCUGAUGCUCUCUCAGACACAUCUGCCAAAAGUUAUGCUCCAGAGCUGGGGAGGCCUAAGGGAGAAUUCAGGGAUUACAGCAAUGACUGGAGCAUCAGUGAUACAGUGCGUCGUCUCCGCCGGGGCAAGGUCUGUUCACUGGAGCGCUUCCGCUCCCUCCAGGACAAGCUGCAGCUCCUAGAGGAGGCAGUUAGCAUGCAUGAUGGAAACGUCAUCACUGCAGUUCUGAUCUUCCUGAAGAGGACCCUGAGCAAAGAGAUCCUUUUCCGAGAGCUGGAGGUUCGCCAGGUUGCACUGAGACAUCUCAUUCAUUUCCUCAAAGAAAUAGGGGACCAAAAGCUGCUUUUAGAUCUCUUCAGGUUCCUAGAUAGAACAGAAGAGCUAGCGCUAUCCCAGUAUCAAGAGCACUUGAACAUUCAAGACCCUGAAAAACGAAAAGAAUUCCUUAAGACUUGCAUUGGUUUGCCAUUUUCAGCAGAAGACUCUGCACAUGUACAAGACCAUUACACACUGCUAGAGCGCCAGAUCAUCAUUGAGGCAAACGACCGACACCUGGAGUCUUCAGGGCAGACUGAUAUCUUCCGGAAGCACCCCCGUAAAGCCUCCAUUCUCAGCAUGCCCCUGGUGACGACGCUCUUCUACGCCUGCAUCUAUCACUACACGGAGUCCGAGGGGACCUUCAGCAGUCCCAUCAACCUGAAGAAAACAUUCAAGAUCCCAGACAAACAGUAUGUGCUGACAGCCUUGGCUGCACGUGCCAAGCUUAGAGCCUGGAAUGAUGUUGAUGCCCUGUUCACCACAAAGAACUGGUUGGGUUACACCAAGAAGAGAGCACCCAUUGGCUUCCAUCGAGUUGUGGAAAUUUUGCACAAGAACAGUGCCCCUGUCCAGAUAUUGCAGGAAUAUGUCAAUCUGGUGGAAGAUGUGGACACAAAGUUGAACUUAGCUACUAAGUUCAAAUGCCAUGAUGUUGUCAUUGAUACUUGCCGAGACCUGAAGGAUCGUCAGCAGUUGCUUGCAUACAGGAGCAAAGUAGAUAAAGGAUCUGCCGAGGAAGAGAAGAUCGACGUCAUUCUCAGCAGCUCGCAAAUUCGAUGGAAGAACUAAGGGUCCUUUGCUACCCUGAAACCUGCCUCACUUCUUAAUUUUUCUGCCUAUGAAAACAGAGAGCUCUCUUGGGAGAGUCAGAGCAUUCUAUCAUGUGAGCCUGUCAUCCACAGGCAGUGCCUGCUGGUUUGGGGACAGAAACCAGCCUUUGAGCACAUGUCCAGACUGAUCUGUCCAGGGGACAUUGUAACAUUCCUGUGUCCUUUCAGCUGUUACUACCCAGAACCUAGUGUUGGACAUGGGCAUUCUGCUCUAAAAGGAGUCAGAACAGAACUAAAUUGACUCUUCAGGGGCCUCAGGAAGAGAUUUCAGUAUUGCUCAGGACCUGCUGGAAACCAGACCCAAGCUCUCAAGGCACAGAGCCAUGCAUCAAUGGCAGACACUUCCUAGACAUUGUGUACCUUCAGCCAGUAUCCACCUGCUGUUCCUGUCAACUUUGUAUAGGGACGUGUGAGGGACUUAGGGUCUCUCUGUUACCUGCACGCUGUUGGAUAGUGAGCCAUCUGCUUCAACAUGUCCUUUGCUUCUGUGUCAGAUACAGUUUUACAUGGAAUUCAGACUCACCAGUGCCGGAGCACUCUUCUUUCAGGCAAAAAUUAUUUCACCAGAAGCAGCCACAAGUCUCCCCUGGGCUACUGUGGUAGUACUUCCACUUAGAUAUCUCCAUAGAGGCCCUGUUGGUCUGCUGGGGACUUGAGCAAUGUUCCAUUCUGCCCCUGCCUCCCUGAACUGGAUUUUCCCGACAUGCCUGCACUCCUAAUAAAACUGUUGCAUUCUUGGUGCCUCCUC